AUGGUAAAUAGUGACUUGCAAGGAAAAGCAGCUGUUGUUAAAUAUUCAGAUCCUGAAAGAGAUUAUUUUGUACCCACCAGUCAUAAGAAAAUAGAUUGGCAUGACUAUAAACAAAUUGAAAAUGAGAGUAAGCGUCAAGGACUUGGAGAACAUGGCCUGCCAGCUCAGCUGCCUAAAUCGGAGGCUGAGUUAGAGGAACAGUUGUAUUCUGUGAACGGUUUCAACGGAGCACUGAGCGACAAAAUCCCGUUAAACCGAUCCCUCCCGGACAUAAGGCACCCUGGAUGUAAAAAGAAACUAUACAUAGAAUCCUUGCCGACGGUCAGCGUUGUUGUACCCUUCCACAAUGAACAUUGGAGCACGCUACUGAGGACUGCGUACAGUGUCCUCAACAGGUCUCCAGAGUUUCUCAUAAAGGAGGUGUUUCUAGUCGACGAUGCCAGUACAAAAGAAUUCCUCAAGCAGAAGCUAGAAGACUACCUAGCACAACACCUGCCUAAAGUGAAAGUCCUCAGAUUACAAGAAAGGAGUGGCUUGAUAGCGGCCCGGCUAGCGGGGGCGCGAGUGGCGAAGGCCGACGUUCUCCUCUUUCUGGACUCUCACACGGAAGCCAGCGUCAAUUGGUUGCCACCAUUGUUAGAACCGAUAGCACUGAACUACCGUACGGUUGUCUGUCCGUUUAUCGGUGUGAUUGCGUACGACACGUUCGAGUACCGCGCACAAGACGAAGGCGCCCGAGGUGCCUUCGACUGGGAACUGUUCUACAAACGACUGCCCGUGCUGCCCAAAGAUGAGGCCAACAUGCCGGAGCCUUUCGAGAGUCCAGUUAUGGCGGGCGGCUUGUUCGCGAUAUCGCGCAAGUUCUUCUGGGAACUGGGCGGGUACGAUCCCGGCUUGGACAUCUGGGGCGGGGAGCAAUACGAACUUAGCUUUAAGAUAUGGCAGUGUGGGGGGAGAAUGGUGGACGCACCGUGCUCACGGGUGGGACACAUCUACCGCAAGUUUGCUCCCUUCCCCAACCCGGGCCACGGCGACUUCGUUGGCCGAAACUAUCGACGAGUCGCUGAAGUCUGGAUGGACGAGUACGCACAGUACUUAUACAAGCGGCGCCCCCAUUACUUGAAGAUCGACACAGGGGAUAUCUCCGAGCAGAAGGCGCUCAGGAAAAAGCUCAGCUGCAAGUCAUUCCGGUGGUUCAUGACUCAGAUAGCGUUUGACCUGACAGCAAAAUAUCCACCCGUCGAGCCGGAGCCUUUUGCCGAGGGACGGAUAAGGCCCGUGUCACACGCACAGCUGUGCCUCGACAUGCACCGCGGCGAGCAAAAGGACGUCCUGCAGAUCAGGUCGUGUGUGCGCUCGGCCUCCACUGAGCAGCACUUUGUCCUCUCCUGGCACAAGGACAUCAGGUCCAAAGACAGGAACAUGUGCUGGGAUGUUCCCGAUUCUACGCCGAAGCGUCCCAUCUUUCUGUACUCUUGCCACUUGGGCGGCGGGAACCAACUGUGGCGGUACCAUUUGGAUACGAAGCAAUUGAAGCAUGGCGGUAACGAUAACUGCCUCGAUUGGGAGAAGGCCACACGCUAUGUGUUCAUCAACCGCUGCAGCGACGCCGAUUCCCAGAAGUGGGAAGUGGACAUAGUCAACGCGCAAGCAAUGAAGAAGUGGGAUAAAACACUUCUAAAAGUCACAGGGCCUAUUGAAGACUACUGA